CAUGGAUACAAUAGUAAAUACCCCAGAGUUCUUAGCUUUCUCUGUCGUUGGUUAAGGGAGGAAAAAAUGUGUUUUUCCAUUUCAUUACGAAAAUGAGCACAUCUGUCAACCACAAGAUGACUAAGACAAAUGACGGCGGUAAAGUUGUCAGACGGGAGCGUGCUUAUGACCACCUGUAUGAUCCGGUUUACACGGUGUCAUCGGAGGCAGACCACGCCAGGGCCAACGUCAAAGCCUUUACCUCGAAGAACCGAAUAAGGAAAAUGCCUGAGUUUGCAUCUAUGUUCAGUGACCAGCCGCGCUUUACUGUUAAACUGGAUCCUGUACAACCAGUACCAGCUUUUAUUGAUCACCAAUGGCGAGGCCACACAGAACAGCGAAAAGAGGUGCUGCUGCAGCUGGCUGGACUUAAUCCAAAUGCUGAGGCAUGGCUGAGAAGGAAGGAGUGUCAUGUAACCGGAGCUGAUAACUGGAAAUACUUUAAACGCCCUCUGAUUCCUUUUGCACAGCAGCUUGGCCCGGAUGUAAUCUUUGCACUGCCAAAAGAAGACUUGGUAACUGUAAAGAAAGUGGUGCAACAGCCUACUCACGUCACUGUAGGCGUCCAGACAGACUACAGGGAAAACGAAACACAAACAGAUCCAUACAGCCCGGAGUAUGUGGUGCAACCCGGGACGACUGCCUCUAAACUCCUCCAGCUGGCACCGUUGUCUUGGGGUCGUGGUCUCCCUGCAGGCCUAGCAGAAGUGGAAAUGAUCGAGCGAACACGUGCCAAACAAGCUUGGGAGGCCAGACUUCCUCCGCUGAGUGACCUGAGCCAACUUGACAAGAGGAGGCGCAUGGUGGUGGAAAUGAAGGCGAAAGAGUGGGCUUUCAGAGAAGGAGAAAUCCAGAAGUUGCAAGAGGCUCGUCUUGCUGUGCUGAAGGACCAGCUGAAGCAGAGAGAUGAGGCUCAGAAAGAUGUCACAAAUGAGAGAUUGAAACAGAUAUAUUAUAAGCACCAAAAAGUCAAGGAGACCAAGAUGGAAAAAAUCCAAAAUGAUUACGCCCGCUCACUGAGAAGAUUGGAAGCUAAGAGGAGAAAUGUCGAGGGGAAGCUGGAGCGACGUAGCUUUGAUUCUCGGAUAUAUUCCCUUCAGACACAUACAAACAAGAACACCAGCAACAAUGAGUUAAAAAGCUGCUACUUAGACACAUAUGAAGGCUUGCUAGAGCUAGAGGCAAGUCUCAAUGCCUCGGUCCACAAGUCAGCGGUGAGAAGACCCAAAUCCAAAAUCAUCAAACCUGUGAUCAAGCCACCUGUGGACAAAGCCAUGGAAUUGUUGGAGAAAUACAGGGGCCUGAGAGAGGAGGUGAACAAGCAAAAGGCCUUGCGUUUUCCUGUCAAAAAGGAGAAACCUGUUCCUCGCCCUGUCACCCCCACAGUGGAGAAGCCACCAGAGGGGGAUGAGGAGAGCGAGCUUGCAGUAAUCCAUUUACAGAAAGUACUGAGAGGAAGAAGCGUCCAAUAUGAGAUGUUUAAGGGUAAGGAGAAACAUCUGGAUCUCAUCCAGGAGCUGCGGUCUGUCCACGCCCUGCAGGAAGAUGGGCAGAAGCAACACAAAGCAGAUGAAGACCUCAUAAUGAACCUGAAGAAACAGAAAGACAACCAAAGACACAAGAUUUGUCGAGAGGAGGCAUCUCAGGCCAGUGUGGUAGAUGCAGAGCUAGGACAGCUGUUUGACACUUGGUCCAAGGAGCUGAUUCGUCUCCAGGAGGAGCGCAGGAUUCAUGCCUUUACUCUGCUGGCUGAGAGAGAACGACGUAUACGGGAGGCUGAGGAGAGUGGAAGGAGACAGGCGGAGGAGCGUAGACUCAGAGAAGAAGAUGAGAUCUUUAAACAAGUGGUGCAGGUACACCAGGAAAGUGUGGAUUUGUAUUUGGAGGACAUCAUCUUGGGGACUUUGGAUCAGGUGGCCGAACAGCAGGCCAGAGAGGAGAUCCACAAGAGGGCAAAGGAGGUCAACGACGUUGCUUAUGCCAUGGAAGAAAGCCGGAACAAUCUUCAGUCAGAGGAGAUUGUGUCAGAGCUGGUGUACAGCUUCCUUAUCCCAGAGGGCCAGAAGACCAGCUUCAGGCAAAGAGUGCACCAGAAGCAGCACAGACACUUGCUGGCAGCUCAGAGCAUCAUUCAGGGGACUUCUGGGAUCCUUCCUAGUACUCCGGGAGCCUCACAGUUGACCUGUCCUGGUAUUAAAGCCUCCAGUCAAGUCGUCGAGGAGAUGAUCAGCCAAGUGGAGCAGGGAAAGGAAGCAGAGCAGGACCACACUCAACCUGAGGAAAGACAGUCCUAAAAUAUUAAAAAUAUACUGCUGUGUGA